AUGUCAGACACAAGAGACGUGGCCCAGCCGCGGCGUGGCAGCUUCGCCAGCCGAAAAGCACGCGGCGAGACGGGGGGCAGUAAGAGCAGCAGCAGCAGCAGCAAGAACAAAGAGCACAGCUACGAUGCCCGCCGCUAUCACCAGAACGCCAACACGCACGGCAUUCACGCGCUGCGCACGUUUGACUGUCCUGUCUGUGACUCCAAGAACACGAUCCGCGUCACUCUCAACCCGCGGCUCGGUGAAGGCACGGUUUCUUGCACGUACUGCUGCUCACUGCGGCCCGCACCACCCGAUUUGCCUUACCCCAGCGUUCAGCGCUUCGUUCCGUCGCUGGAGAACAGGGCAGACGUAUUCUUUCGCUUCAACGAGCAGUACGCCGCACUGCUGCGGCAACACAAGAGUGAGCGAGUCGGGGAAUCCGUUGACCCGUCCUCGUGUCUGGCGACUGUCGAUAACACGCGCAAGCGUGCCAACAAGGACGACGGCGAAAGCGGCGGACGCGCUCGCGGACCGAGAGGAGAGAGCAGGGACGAGGAUGGGUUGUUCGGCGAUUGUGCGCUUCACAUGGACACCGGCUUGUUCGACAACGCAGUGGACCAGCACGUAACGGGUACGCUGGCCAUGCUCGGCAGCGAUGACGAUGGCGGCAGCAACACCGUGGCAGACGCCGACCCGGGGAAUCCGAAAGGGGUUUCGACGCCUUCACCACCGCGGCCGGAUGGUGCCGACAUGCCGGAGAGCGACUUCAUGAACGUUGCCGUGAUCGCGGGAGUGGAUGAGGCGUUCGCCGCGCACGCGGCUGAUGGCGUGGACGGAAUGGGAGAGGCGGAUGCGGAGGAGGUGGAUGUCGCUGCGUUCUUUGCCGAUUCCGAUUGA